AUGAACCAAACAACAAAUUGGAUUGAUUACGAUACAACUGAAGAAUAUACAUUACCUAUAGCCUUUCCAAAUAUUAAAAUAGUAACUCGCUUAAACAAUCGAGGUAAAACAAAAAUUGCUGUAUGUUCUUCUUGUAAAUCUAAAAAGACUCGUCGAUAUCCACCAAUCCUGUCUUCAAUACCAGAAGAAAUAAAUGCUAUUCCUAUAAUAUAUCGAAAAAACUUAUCACCAAUACAUAUAAAUUGUACAUUAGGUCGAACUUUAAGAUUUAAUUCAUAUACAAACUAUCGAUACUUAAAAGGAUUCAUUAACCUUUCCAAAAAUAAAUAUGCACUUCAACUACAUUCAGGUCUAAUUGGAGCCUUUCUAAAUCAAGAACAAGAAGAUUCUCCUAACUGGUUCCAUCCAACAUUAAUAUCCGCAAAUCAGUGGCUAAAAGAAAAUAAUCCUAUAUUUAAAGAAUAUAAUCAUUUAUCAUCUUUUGAAUCACCAACACAAAAUAUAACAAAUCAACCAUAUCCAAUAGCUAGAUUAACUAAUAUAUCUUCUUGGUCAACACAAAACCAACCUCCUUAA